AAGUGUGUAAUGUAUACACAUUCGAAAAGUUAGCGUCCCCCAUGCAAUACCUAACCAGCCGGACCUUUAAAUAGGCUCAUAUUGUUUAAGAAGAAUAGUCGCCGUUUAUGUGAAAAUGAGAGGGCGACCGAGGUGUUAAAUACACUUUUACGUAGCGGGUGCUUUUAUUUUUUUUACAGGAAGUAUUCGAUACUGAGCUGACUGGAAGCCGCGGAUAGCCGUGGAUGCUAACAGGCUAGGCUAGCGAACUCAGCGACCAACUUCGAGGGGCGUGCCGAGUCGACCCGAUCAGAUCCGAACCGAGCGGAGUGAAGCUCAGCUCUCUUGCCUUUUUCCCCCUGAACAACCGCACUGGAGAGCUUCAACACCCCCACUACCGUCUAUUCCCUGGUGCAAACAUCCUGUCGAGAUGGAUAACCUGAGUGACGUCCUGGAGAAGCUGAAACUUGCGUCGACGGACAGCACGUCGGACAGCGUAGAGAGCUGCCUGGACUGCCUGCUGAAAGCACUCAUCAACAAUAACACAGAGACUAGCGUGAAGAUCCAGGAAAUGGGUGUCCUUCCUCUGCUGCCCACCCUGCUUUCCCCACAGUCAUCCUGCACCCCAAAAGUUGCUAACAUCAUCGCGGAGAUGGCAAAAAACGAAUUCAUGCGGAGUCCCUGCGUCGAAGCUGGUCUCAUCCCGCCUCUCAUUCAGCUGCUCAACUCCACCGAUCAAGAGGUUCUGCUUCAGACAGGACGUGCCCUUGGCAACAUCUGUUAUGAUAGUCAUGAGGGCAGGAUUGCGGUUGACCUGGCAGGAGGGGCUCAAAUAGUAGCUGAACACAUUAAAACCCUCUCCCAAAAUACCCAAGUGGCAAACGAGAAGCUCUUGACAGUCUUUUGUGGCAUGCUGACGAACUAUAGCAAUGAUAAUGAUUCCUUACAAGGUCAGCUGAUCAGCAUGGGUGUCAUUCCCACCCUGGUGAAGCUCCUCGGUGUCCAUUCUCACAACACUGCCCUGACCGAAAUGUGUCUCAUUGCCUUUGGGAACCUAGCCGAGCUCGAGUCGAGCAAAGAGCAGUUUGCAUCCACCAACAUUGCAGAAGAACUGGUUCGCCUUUUUCAGAAGCAAACGGAGCACGAGAAGAAAGAAAUGAUUUUUGAGGUUUUGGCUCCUCUGGCAGAAAACGACGUGAUCAAGUUGCAGCUGGUGGAGGCAGGCUUGGUGGAGUGUCUCCUAGAGGUGGUGGCCCAAACUGUGGAUGGAGACCGAGAGGAGGAUGUGGCCCAGCUGAAGACCGCCUCUGACCUCAUGGUGCUCCUGCUGCUGGGAGAUGAGUCCAUGCAGAAGCUGUUUGAGGGCGGAAAGGGGAGCGUUUUCCAGAGAGUUCUCUCCUGGAUACCGUCUCAUAACCACCAGCUGCAGCUUGCUGGUGCUCUUGCUAUUGCUAAUUUUGCCCGUAACGAUGGUAACUGCAUCCAUAUGGUGGACACUGGCAUUGUGCAGAAGCUUCUAGAACUGCUGGACCGCCAUAUUGUGGAAGGCAAUGUUACAGUGCAGCACGCAGCUCUUAGCGCGCUACGGAAUCUGGCCAUACCUGUUGUGAACAAAUCCAAGAUGCUGUCCGCCGGCGUGGCUGACGUAGUGUUGAAGUUCUUGCAGUCGGAGAUGCCGCCGGUCCAGUUUAAACUCUUGGGGACUUUACGUAUGCUCAUCGACACACAAGUAGAGGCAGCGGACCAGCUGGGCACGAACGUGAAGCUGGUGGAGCGUCUGGUGGAGUGGUGUGAAGCUAAAGAUCAUGCUGGGGUGAUGGGAGAGUCCAAUCGGCUUCUUUCUGCUCUUAUUCGACACAGCAAAUCCAAGGAAGUGGUCAGGACGGUCAUCCAGGCAGGCGGAGUCAAGCACUUGGUCACCAUGGCGACCAGUGAGCACAUGAUCAUGCAGAACGAAGCUCUGGUGGCGCUGGGCCUCAUCGCCGCGCUCGAUUUGGUUGCAGCUGAGAAGGACUUCGUGGGAGCGGACCUCGUAGCGGUUCUUCACAAGCUUUUGUCCGAUGAAAGGAGUGCGCCUGAAAUUAAAUAUAACUCCAUGAUCCUGAUUUGUGCAGUCAUGGGCUCUGAGCCUCUCCACAAAGAAGUCCAGAGUCGGGCGUUUAUCGACGUGGUGUCCAAGCUCCGCUCGCAUGAAAACAAGACUGUGUCGCACCAGGCGUCGCUCACCGAGCAGCGGCUAACCGCCCAGAGCUAAAAUGCUACCCUAGCUCCACUCCCACGAAUGCCUGCACCCAAAUCACCUUGUAACCCCCACCCCUCCACCCCGUCGUCGUCAUGUGCCAAGGUACCAUGUUGCAUAACUGCCAACCAGACUGACACUUUCAUAUAUAAUGUAGAACAAAUGAAUGAAAUUAGGAGCUAUAGGGCCACCACUACACUGAAAGCCAUAAUAAUGAGGUUUAUUUAUUAGGGCAAUGUGUUUAAGGGUCCUACGUAAAAGUCAGUCUCUCUUUACUCGUGCAUGCAACGCAACAUAGACGACCAUAGCCGUGACGCCAUCUUGCCAAACGCUCUCUUGGUGAUUUACGCAAAAUCCGCCAUGGAUGACGUGCCUCGUUGUGUCUCCACAUUAAAUAUACGACUGUGUAUGUUCUUUUUUUCUUCUUUUUCAAAAAAAAAAAAUCCAAACAACUGACGUAGGGUCUACAGAUUUAUUGGAAGAAAGUGCGAAAGCCAAACACAAGUUGAUUAGUCAUGUCUGGUUACCGUGUUACCUCAUAUAGUGGCCACAACAGAGAGUAGCAGGCGUCUGUUGGGGAUUUUUUUUAUAUCACCAAAUUAAUAUUACUUUAAAAAAAUGUUAUUUUUUUCCCAAAUGAAUUACAUCUAAUUAAUCAGUAUAUAUCCGUGUCCAACAAAAACUUUUACAAGAAUGUCAUGGGUGUCUGAAAUUUGAUUUCAUUACUUUAUCACUGUCCAACAAAAUGUUUUUUGUUCAUUUUAUUGCCUGGUACAACUACAGGUACAUUUCUUUGGACAAAUAUCAUGAUGACAGCAAAAAUAGCUCACAAGAGUUUAUUUUUUGGCAGUACAGUGCCAUAUUGAUGUAAAAACGUAAGUGAUUUUGGAUAUUAUCAAGAAAACCAUGGAAAUGGCUGAAAUAUCAGCUCUUAAAUUCAACUUUAAUGAGCUAUUUUUGUUGUCAUCAUUAUAUUUGUCCAAACAAAUGUACCUUUAGUUGUACCAGGGAUUAAAAUGGAUGAAUAAACUGAAGAAACAAGGGUGGUCUAAUCAUUUUUUCCAUGUUUGGACACUGAAUAAUAUUAAUAGAUUAGUUUUUCUCAAGUGAAUAUUUAAUAACACCUUUUUAAAAAUAUAUAUAUAAUAACAGCGUGUAUCUCAAAAUGGUUCCCAAAAUUGUUUAUAUUUAAUUAAUUUGAUUAUUUUCCAAAAGUAAUUAAAAACAAAAAACCCUAGCAUCUCCAGUUUAUUUUGUACCAUUACUUAUUUUAUUUUUUUAGUUUCACAAAUAAAUUGCAAUUAAUUAAAAGUACUCUAUAAAAUUAUAAUCCAGAUAUGCUCAACACCUUUUCUCAAAUGAAUCAUAUUUAAUUGCAAAGUAAUAAAAAUCAUGUAUCUCCAAUUUUUGUGUUGUUCGGGAAGAAAAAACAAUUAUUUGGAGAAACAAGAUUUUUGUCAUAUAUAGGCCUGUCACGAUAACACAUUUUACUGGUUGAGAAUUGUGCCACAAAUUAUCGUAGAUAUACGAUAUUAUCGCCACCAUUUUUUUCAUUAAUGUCAUAAGGUGUAAUUCACAUUUGAACCACUGGAUGGUACUCAAGUAUAGUGUAUGGUGUGCCUGUGUGAGCCAUUAGCUUGUCACAGAAGUUGCCCAUUUGUUUUUGCAAUGUAGCCAGCCACACUGUCUGUGGGCGCACAUCAUUUUCAUGCGCUCACCGUGUUCAUUCUGUUUAAAACCAAAAUAUCCCCGCUGUGGCAUUCGCCUUAAAAAUGUUUAAAAUCGCUUUUGUGCCAUCAUUCAUGUUAGCCUAUGCUGGCUCACAAAGCUAACUGCUGCUAGGAUAACAGGGUAGCAGCUCGUAGCCCCACCUCCACAAAGAGGCUAAAUGAGAUGAGCCCACUCUCUCCGUUCAUUAAAAAUCAAUGCGGAGCUCGAUGCAGAGUGAACCCUCUUGUCAGAGAGACGAGCAGACGCGUACAUGCACAUGUAAGUUUAUCGAAGGCAUCAUAAUUAUCGACCUGUUUUUUUGUUUGUUUUUUUGCGUUUCAUUAAUCGAUUUAUCAAUUACCGUGACAGUUAUAUGACUAUUAUGAAGAUGUCACGUUCAACUUCAACUUCAGCUUUACAGAUGCCAGGCGGCCAUUACAGGCCACUAUUUGAGGAAAUACAAUAAAUGUUUGGGACAAGAUGAUCUUUAUUAUUAUGUGAGUUAAUGUUUCAGCGUAAGAUGAGACCCAAUUAUAUUUUUGUGGAAUGUUAAUGUUAAAAAAAAAAGUGUUCGUAUAUUAAAAAACAAAACAUAUGACAUGUCUUAACAGGUAAGUGUAUGCGCACCAGAGACGCAACGGUCAAAUAUACGUAAUUGUAUGAAUGGUUAUUUAUCAGUGACAUGAGAUGGAUCCAUCGUAAUACUACCAUGAAAUACUCUUAAAUGUUUGUUGUAAAUGUUCAAAAUAAGAAAAAAGUUGUACAUUUGGGGGAUUGUAAACUCACACAACAGAUAAUUAAAAAUAUGAUAGCUAGCCGGGGCCGUCUUUGUUUCUUCAUUUUCCGGACUUUUUCCACAUGGGAAUAAAGGGACAAUUUUUAGAGGAUUGUUUACAGUGCAACCUCGGUGAGCGCCCGCCUCAGUUUUCUGCGUGUUUUUCGGUUAACGUAAAAAAAAAAGGUGUCACAUUCUCUGGUUUGCGUGCAAUAUGGCACGUGUCUUGUGUUGUUAUUAAUACACUGCUUGGCGGCAACUGUGUUCUCAAUGUAUUUUUCAAUUACAAAACGUCCUUCCUUGUUAGCAUCUUAUUAGCUGGCUAUACAAAAUGGAAACCGGAACCGGAAGUUACGUCGCCUGUUAAUGUCAUUAUCAGCGGCUGACUCUCAAAAAUGUUAACACAAAACACCAACACAAUUAGUCGUCCCUCGUUUAUCACGGUCAACUGGUUCCAGACCCGGCCGCGUUAAGUGAAUUCCAAUGAAGUAGGAUUCAAUAGUAAUAAACGCUAUAUUUUUGUAGUUUCUAAAUACGUGUACCAUUAUUAGAGCCAUGUAGACAUGAAAUAACACCGCUAUAGUCACCUUUACAUUCUUUGUUUACACAUUGGGCAGGCUAUGGGAUCACUGCAGGGACAUAAGAAGCAUAUAGCAAGCUACCGAGCUAACUACCGGUAGUUAGCAAAUCGCUCAUAGCAUAUAGCAAGCUACCGAGCUAACUACCGGUAGUUAGCAAAUUGCUCAUAGCAUAUAGCAAGCUGCCGAGCUAACUAGUUAGCCUCCAAUUUGUUCUAAACUUUUAAAAAGUGUUUCAAACGGAGUGGUGAAGAAGGACAAAGAAUGAAGCCAAAAAAGGAGAACUUUUUUCACUCUAUCAUGUCGGACAUGCAAUGGCUGACUACAUGCAAGAUGAAGGUAAUGUAAGAACGUCAUGUCUCAUCAGUGUAACAUUACUGACGCCUAGUGACCAGAAUACUCCAUAUGACUUGCCUUUCAAUAUUUUUUGACUAAUAAUGGUCCAUAAGUGGCAGCGAGAUCAACCACCACCACCUUCCUGUUUUGAGUCCCAUCGAGAAUCACGUCUUCAACGAAGGUAAAAGUAACCUUAAAUGUUCAUUUAUCCCUUUCAUUCGCCAUUUAUACGUGUUUAUAUGCAUUUCCUAUUGUCUUAUGCAUGUCAAACUAGAAUUUUAAAACUAUGACAACGUAUUUUGUGUUAGCAUUUUUGGCUUUCUGGAACAGAUGAAUUGGACCCGAAAUAAUUACAUUAUUUCUUUUGGGAAAAAUAUAUUCAGUUAACGUCCGUUUCAGUUAGUGUCAGACUUUCUGGAGCGAAUUAAUGACGCUAACCAAGGUUGUAUUUAAAAACAUCUUUUUACAGUAUUAACUGUUUAUCGCGUUAAUGUUGCACCUCAAAAUGUAUUAUUUCUUAACGCAUAAAUAGUAGCAAAUUUGAGCAAAAAGCACAACUGCUAGCUGCCGAUGGCUCCAACCGUUUCUGAAACAUCUUGAAGCUUGAACAAUUUUUUUUUUCAACAAAUAACACGCAUGACGCGCGGUACGAAACGUACGUACACACCAGACCUUUGUCAGUUUUUACAUGCGGGCAAAAAAAGAUAGCUUAACAUAGAAAUAAUGUUUGGAAAAAUCCACUUUUAUUUCAAAACCAGUUUCAAAACCAGUCAAACGUUUUUAACAAUGCAACAAUAAGUAACAUAAAUAGCAUUUUUCGCGAGACAUAUAGUAACAGCCUAAUGUUAACAUCCAAAAACAACGGUGGAAAACAUCCAGUCCAGUGCAAUUUUUUACAGAAUUUAACAUUUUUUUAAACAAAAAAAACAGGAUUGCCAAGUUUCAUUCAAGUGCAUGUAAGGGUGGGGGAAAAAAUGGACAAUAAAUUAAUCCUUGGCUAGUUAUAAGCGUAAUGAUAAUGGCACAGCUACCUAUAACCUGAAUAACUUUUUUUUAAAUGAAAUGUUCCCUUUGAAGAAUUAAAUAAAAAAGAAAUCAAAAUCAGGAAGCCUUUGUUUAUUUACACAUUUUUAACAGUGCUGUAACGUAAAUAAUAAAAGAAACAAUAAUAACAUUAGAUAGCAUAUACAGGUGAAAGAAACUGCUUGGAAAAGGACAGCUAGUUAGAUUAGAUUUAGUCAAAAUACUCUUUUUUUUAACGGUAAAAUGGUGGAAUGUGGGCACGCGUCGCCAUAAAUAAAACUGAUGGAGGAAAUACCAUGUACAGACCUGCCAACGUGUUCGCAUUUUUGGUGCUCCGCAUGCAAUUUAAACCCUUGAAUACGCUGGUAAGCUUCGCUGCUCUCCAGGUACGCAUUUUCGCUGUGUUCAGUCUCUGAAACUUGGAUAAUGCUCCUGUGUUGAGGCACCAGCGUACACCACACCUGCUCAGUCCUCCCCCGGCAAACUCGAGGGGAUGUGCACCUCCAAAAACAAAUCUGGCUGCUUGGAUUGGAGUACAUUAUUUCCUGCGUGUGUACGACUGGCUCAGACUUCUCCGAUUAAACACACAUACUCACAUGUGUCAUAUACAGGGUGUCCCAAAAAAUGUCUACACCCUUUAGCAGCUGAUAAUUAAACCCAAUGAAUUGAAUGACGGCAGGCGAACUAAACUAGUGUGUACGUUUUAGUUUUUUUUAACACCCCGUAUAUUCAUUCAUGCAUUCAUUGUCUAUGCCGUGUAAGCCAAGCGGCCCCUCCACAUCCUUUGAUUUUUGGGUAUGCGUCCCUCGGUGGAAAACGUUAGGAUACCCCUGUAUAAAAGAAUCAAGACUGCGAUGGAGGGGCCAGCAUAUUGACUACGCAGAAGUAUAAUAAGAGUACUGGUAAAAUGUCUUGAAGGUUGGCAGGUCUGGAUAUCGUGUUCCAACGCUAACGGCCGCACAAAAAUGAAAGACGACUUUGUUUGUGUGAGCAGAACACUGGUCAUGGUCACAUUUAGCAGGUUUGUAGCAGUAGUUGAGAUUUUGACAUGGGACAAAACAGUGUCCCUCUCAAUUUUGACCAAAAUUAAGACUUUGUCGGAGCAGAACAGAAGUAGCAAUGCGUUUUUGUAGCUUGUAGCUGUUCAAAUUCCAUGUGAAUUUGAUGAGAUUCUGACAUUUUAAUUGGGGUAACGUGUUUAUAAUGGUAUUCGAGAGCUUUACAUGAGGGAAAAAUGGUAUCUCUGUCUUCAGAUUUGAAACAGCUACAACAUUCUUUGUGAGCGGAACAGCAUUUAUGGUUUUAUUUGGAUCACAUUGAAAUUUUGCUUGCCUGUAACACUACUCACGGUUGCACUUAUUUGGACAUUUUUUUUACAAUUUUACAAAUGCAUGUUUGUAACAGUAUUCGGGUCAGGGGUGAGCUCCUGCCCCACGUGGAGGAGUUUAAGUACCUCCGGGUGUCUGGUGUACGUCUGCAGUGAUGUGGACUCUGCAUCGGUCUGUUGUGGUGAAGUAAGCUGAGUCGAAAGGCAAAGCUAGCAAUUUACCGGUCGACCCUUUGGGGAGUGACCAAAAGGACAAGAUCGCAGGUACAAGCGGCCGAAAAGAGUUUUCUCUGUAGGGUGGCUGGCCCUUCCCGUAGAGAUUGGGUGUGGGUGAAACUCUUGAGUAGAACCGCUGGUCCUUCGCAUUGACAGGAGCCAGAUGAGGUGAGUCGGGCAUCUGGUCAGGUUGUCCCCCGGACGCCUCCCUGGGGAGGUGUUCAGGGCACAUCCACCCAGUAGGAGGCCUCGGGAAGACACAGGACACAUUGGAGAGACUAUGUCUCCCAACUGGCCUGGGAACGCCUCGGGAUCCGCCGGGAGGAGCUGGAUGAAGUAGCCGGGGAGAGAGGGAAGUCUGGGCUUCUCGGAUUAGGCUGCUGCACCCGCGACCCGACCUCGGAUAAGCGGGAGAAGAUGGAUGUAACAGUAUUGAAGAUCUUGACGUGGGACAACAAUUUCAUCUGUCUUUAAUUGAUGACGUUGCAUGUGCAUUUUUACAUAUCCUCUAAUGUCAGAAGGGAAAAUUUGAAGAAAUUGUAAAGUAUUGGAAUGUCCUUUUCACGUAAUUAGUUGUUGGUAAGCACAACAAAUGAGCACUGUGUUAACCUUUUGUCGCUAACUACUGGACUGUCUGGCGAGUGAGACGUACCACGCCGCUUCACAGUAGCAUGGUAGUGAAUAAAACAAUCAACAGUGCACUGCUGAAAAAAACAACUAUGCUACUUUGUUAUAAACGUGGAUCGUUACAUCAAAAAACUAGCUAUCAAAACAUUACAAUCUGCGUGUAGUGCAUUGCGAUCCAUUCCGAUCACCGUGAAUAUUGAUAUAAACAUACACGAAGUGGUGCAGGUGAGCGGUGGAGUCCUUCGUCGCACUUUUGACGUCCUCACGGAGGCCUCAAGUCCAGUAGCUGACUUCAUAAAAAUCCACUAAACCAAAAAAGAAAAAAAUGUGAAGCCGUUUUUUUAGCGAUUGUACAUCAUUGCAGUGAAAUCGGCAAAAUCGUAGGGAGUGGUCGUGUCAGUUUAAAAGAUUUAAUAAAUCGACUGCUUACCUGUUGAAAUUAAAGUGCUGUCUCACCUUUAGGUGAAGAAACUAGUAAAGACAAGACAAUUACUGUAUUAGUAAACAUUACAAACUCCAACGUCCAAGUCACUAGGUAAACUCUACGAAUGCUCGCGCUAACAGAACAUAAUGUCCAAGCAGUAACACCGAUAUUGUACAAUAGGAUAGUAGCAAUUUAAUGCAGCUAUUUUAAUACUUUAUCGUCACAUAUAUCAUCUCACACCUAAACAUUAGCACUGAUGCUAGCGCUACCACAACACAAUAAAAGGUCCACUCCUAACAAUGUCCAUCCAAGAGCUAAAUAUUACUGCAACACUACACACGACACGCAACAAAAGCAACAGCUAGCUCUCGAAUCUAUCGCACCCACCAACUAAAAACACGUACAAUGUCUCACAAAUAGUACCCUUUCUUGCUCGAGUGCGGUGGGAGUCGCCGCACGGAAAGGGUAGCGGGCACCCUGAUGGAGUAACGACAUUAUCAUCAAAACUGCAAAUGAAUUUUACAAAAACUGAUGCAAACUUAAAAAUAGCAUGUAGCCGAAAGUGGUUCAUUACAUCCAGCAAUAGCUAUAAAAUGCCAAAAUUGAAUUAAAACCGGGGGGGAAAAUCAACUUCUCCCCACAAAGCUAGCUAGCUAUUCAACUCAUCAGCAAAAAAUCAAUGCACUAAAAUGUACGAUAAGACAAAUUUAAAAUGUUAAAAAUCGUUACCCUAUCCUGAUAAAAAAUUCUAAUAAUCUUACCAGCUUGCCCGCACGGCUUCGAUGUCGCUCACUAGGUUUUGGGCCAAACAAAUCCCGAAGAUCUGUGAAAUGAGACGGAAGUCUGUAAAUACAUGGCUCAUCAAAAUAACAGCGGAACCUUGGUUAGCAUCCGCCCCGGUUAGUAUGCUUUUUGGUUCCAAUUUGCAGUUCACGUUCACUUCAAUUAAGAUUCAGACCUUAUGGAACGAAUUAAUGAUGCUAACCAAGGUAACUUACCACCGUAACUUACCGAGGGCUCCAGACUCAACUUUUUUUUUUGCUACAAGCACAGUGAACUCACCUUUACAAACUAAAUAUUCUCAUUUCCUGUCAUUUUAACUGUAUUACUGAUAAAUACUUGAACAACAAAUGGCAAGUGUCUUCUCUAACCACCCUGUCUGUCUGUCCCUACCUAAAAACAAAGUCACAUUUGGAGUCCCAAGACCAGAGGCUAGGCGGAAAACUGUCUAACUAGUCGCCCAGCUAGUGAGGCAGAGUGGCAGCCAGGCAAAGUGUGUAAACAAAGAUGCCAGAAAAGUCAAAAGGCAAUGAGAUUGAAAGGUGAGCGAUCACACACGCUGGCAUCCAUAAGCCUGUGACAAGCUGUCGUCAGUUGGUUAUGGUUGAAUUUAUUUCCAAUAUGCAUGCAGUUUACACUGAAUGUUUCAUGUUACAAUACACAAUUUUUUCAUUCUCACUGUAAUAAGGGACAAAGUGCGUCCCUUGUCAACUCAAUACGGCGUAUCAGUCGCACAUGCACGAGUAGAUGAAAAAUUGACUCACAACGUCUCAAAUUUUAGUGGCAGUCUGCAGCCCUGUUGCUAGCUACCAAUACAAACCUGGAGCAGCGCGACUCCAAUGAAUAUCCCCGCCACCAAGUUGAGGUUGUCCUGUAGCCACUUCUCGAACUGCGGCACGCAGCCUUUCACAUUGAUGUGGUCCUUCUGCUCCGAGUCCUGCCGAUUUGAUUUAUUGUAACUUAUUUUGC